CAGCAUAAAGCCGGCCAGCAAACAGUGAAGGGUUAAACUGAGUAGCGGUUUUCCCGACCAGCCCCUGAAAGCAGCAUAAAGCCGGCCAGCAAACAGUGAAGGGUUAAACUGUAAUAGGAUGAAUGGAUAUUGUGGCGAGCAGCAUCUGAUUACACAGAAACGCCAGUAGGCAUCGGAGGGGGGAAGACACUGUUUAUCCACCAGCCGAAGCUGUUCCUCAGUCCCCUCCGAAGAAGAAACCCUCUUUAUUUUUUAAAUUUUACUCAGGAACUUUACUUUUUAACCGCGGAGAGAAACACCGAAGCCACGUUUAUCUAGUGGGACAUUUUUGGGAUCUUCCCACCGUAUACAUGGCUGAGGGGGACCGACGCUUGACUGCGGAGUAAACUUUAAAGAUGUCGCAGUUUGUGGAGCUUUGAAAAGAGGACUAGCUAAACGCUGUUUUUUUUUUUUUUUAACGAGGAAAUCCAUCAGGAGAGGCGGUCAGACCCGCUGCAACUCCGAGAGGAUUUUGGUUUGUUCCUCUGGGAGAAACAGGCCCUUGGAGACAAAGAGUGUCUUCUGUUUGGACGUCUGUCCAUCUAUAUAUUCAUCUCUGAUAAGUCUUUUCUGUAGCCGCCACCAUUCUUUGCUGUAAGGCCGACCCCAAUAUGUCUUCCAAUGGAGACCUUAGCGACCUGGGGAGCUCUGACAGCUUCUGGGAGCCAGGAAACUACAAAAGGACGGUGAAGCGGAUAGACGAUGGCCACCGGCUGUGUAACGAAAUAGUCAGUUGCUUCCAGGAGAGGGCAAAGAUAGAGAAGAGUUACUCUCUGCAGCUGAGCGACUGGGCCAAGAGGUGGAGGAGUGUCGUGGAGAAAGGUCCUCAGUAUGGUACGCUGGAGAAAGCGUGGCACGCCUUCAUGCAGGCGGCAGAUCGACUCAGUGAGCUGCAUCUGGAGAUGCGGGAACGGCUGUCGGGCGAGGACAGCGAGAAGGUGCGCAACUGGCAGAAGGAUGCCUUCCACAAGCAGAUGAUCGGAGGCUUCAGGGAGACCAAGGAGGCGGAUGACGGCUUCCGCAAAGCACAAAAACCCUGGGUCCGCAAACUGAAAGAGGUGGAGGUCUGUAAGAAGAGCUACCAUCAGGCCAGGAAGGAGGAGUGGACGGCGUUUAACAGGGAAACGCACGCCAAGGCCGACCCGACCAAGUCGCAGGAGGAAGUUCGCAAAUACACGACCCGGGCGGAGCGCUGCACUGAGGAGGCUGAGAAAGGGAAGGAGCGCUACACGAAGGCCCUGGAGGAGCUGAACCGCUGUAACCCUCGCUAUAUGGAGGACAUGGAGCAGGUGUUUGACCUCACCCAGGAGGCAGAGCGCAAGAGGUUGCGUUUCUUUAAAGAAGUCCUGCAGGACAUCCACACACACCUCGACCUGUCUGUCAAAGAAGGGUUCAGAGGCCUGCACCGGGACCUGGGUCAGACCAUCCAAGCAGCCAAUGACACUGAAGAUCUCAGAUGGUGGAGGAACACCCACGGACCGGGCAUGAGCAUGAACUGGCCACAGUUUGAGGAGUUUUCUCCAGAGGCAAGUCGCUCCAUAGGCAGGAACCGAGGCGGACACUCCGAGGACAGCGUGGUUACCCUCACCAACAUUGUCUCAUCUGGUGUAACUGAUGUCCCGCCGAGUCCCAUCACCCUGGACAGCAGGGUGAAAGAUUAUUCGUCGGACUGGUCAGACGAGGAGAUUCCUAAGAAGGAGCUGGCGCAGAACGGCGUGGGGGAGGCGGAGGACGAGGAGGAUCAGGUAGAGGCGGUGCGAGUCAGAGCGCUCUAUGAUUACGUGGGCCAGGAGGCCGAUGAGCUCAGCUUUAAAGCAGGCGAGGAGCUGCUGAAGAUGGGCGAGGAGGACGAGCAGGGCUGGUGUAAAGGACAGCUGAGCAACGGCAAAGUGGGCCUCUACCCCGCCAACUACGUCCAGGCCGCCGGGUCCUGAUGGCCCGCCCUCUCCGCUGCUCACCCAGCCAAUGGUACAACUACACUCAAGAUGCCAGGACCAAUCAAAAGCUAUUAGCGCUGACAUGUAGACAGUGAACCCAGACCGUGUUUGGUGACGGACUGUAGGACUUAACUAAGUUAGAUAAUUUUUUUUAGUUUUUCUUUUUUUUUCUGUUGUUUGAGCUGCGUUUUUUGGAAAUCAGCCAGCGGGAAAAGUCCAGUCUUUGUGAAAGUCUCCCGGAGGCCGGCCGACGCAAACAGACACUGUAGAGAAACGUGGACCCAAGGUCUCUGACGGGACGUUUUAUCAAAACUCUGGAUUUUUGGUUUUCUGCUUGCUGCUGCCAUCAUGUUCAGUUACUAGAGUUUUAAAAUCCCCAUUUAAUCAAAGAGGACCACACCUGGGUGGAGCAGCAGUGAGAGCAACCACAGCGACUGGCUGUGAUUGGCUGACAUUAAUCACACACAACUUUUUUUUUUUUUGCUUCUUUUUAUUGUAGACACUGUUUGACAUUUUGGGAAGAAGGUUUAUUCGUUUUCUUGCGGAGUUAGAUAAGAAGAUGCAUACAACUCUCAUAUCUCAUAUUAGGGUAAAACUAGCAGCCUGUUAGCUUAGCAUAACGACUGGGUGUUUUACAGACUUACUUUUGGAAGUAAAAGUCUCAUUGAUUUAGUUUUUGCACAGACGACGUUAAGUGAGCAUUUCUACGUUCUAGAGUGACGUGAAACUCUCACGGUUGAUUGAUCUGUAUAAAAGAUGAACAACUACUUAAUAUAUCUGGUUCUUUCAUUUAAAAAGUCCAAGUUCCAAGCGUGUAUAAAACCCUGAGGUUAAAUAUAACACCAAGGGUGCAUUUUUGGAAAGAGACACCGAUUACAACACAACUCUGAUUGCUAAUGUCAAAAGAUGACAGGGUUGAAGAGGCUUUGGUUUUGUUGCCUUUGGUCAGCCGGGCUAGCUGUUUGCAGCUGCUAGGCUAAGCUAAGCUACGCUACGCUAAGCUAACCGGCUGUAGUCUUGAAUGAGAUAUGACAGAGGUUUGAUCUUCACAUGUAACUCCAGGGAAAGAAAGAAAGAAAGAAAGUUGUUUCCCAAUAUGUCAAACUAUUUUUAUAAAAGCCUUAGUAUUCUCAUCAAUGAAUAAAAUGUUCUUCUUGUGGGGUUGAAAAAAAUAUUUUAAUAGCUAAUUUGGCACUUGUAUUUCCAGCAGCUAUCAGAGCGGCCUCUGGUCCAGCGUUCAGCGGUAGUUUGAGGAACCGCAGCUGGAUGAAUCAACCGGUUUGGGAUCUAAAAGAUGAAAUAAAUGUAACAAAGACUGUCAGUGCCUUGGUCAGCGAGGCCAGAAACGUAGAAACCAGUAAAAUGUGCAGUUACCUUUUAAAACCUUUUACCUUCUGAUUUGGAUCAUUUAUCAUUUAGCUCCACAUCGGUUACUUUGUAUUUUCUCUUUAGGUGUCACACUGAAUUCACUUUCUUUCCUUUUUAUUGAUUUUUUUGUAACGUGAUAGCUGCAUGUUCGUAUUAAGUCGAUUGAUUUUGAUUAUGGACGGUAAAAACUGCUACCCGUUUCUUUUUUUUUUAAGAAUAGCAUUUUUACAGUUGAUUUAUGUACUUUAUAAUUUAUUCUCCUCUUUAACUUAGCGAUCAUUCUUCAUUUUUCGGCAGUGUACAGGCGGGGAGGGUUGGGGCUGUUUAGGUUUUGGGUCAUUUAACCUGCGGAAGGUGGGUUCUUGUUAGUUUUAGUUUUAGCUGUGAUCAUGAAGCACACGCACCCCCAAACAUCUGGAAUAAGUGAUCAUUGUUCAGUAUUUAGCUUUUCUUUUUAAGUUCGUGGUUAGUGUGUGAGGAAGCCUCCUCUGUCUUCAGUUAACCCAAAUAGAAGUCUGAAUAAUAACAGAAAUGAUAGAGAUGAUUAACUGUGCUGCUCCUUUUUAUUCUUUCCCUUUUUCUUUCCAGAAUUAAAACAUGUACAGAACAUUCAGUGGGACGCAACAAUAAAGCGCUUUCGGCAGUUCAAGGUUUAAC